AUGAACAAUUUGAAAGAGUCCGUUCUUUUACUCAUCUUCACUACUUUUAUCUUUCUUACGUUUUCAUCCAAUGAGUUGCAAUACCAAAAUCAGAUUGAUGCAGAAGCCUUGCUCGAAAUAAAAAGGUCAGUAAAAAAGGAUGCAACUCUUUCAUUGUCCGCCUGGGUAAAUGGAAACAACAUUUGCAACUGGACUGGAAUAACUUGCGAUUGUAAUCAAAGGGUUGUGAGCGUGGUUCUCAAAUACAAGGGAUUGGCUGGUAACAUACCCCCUCACAUAGGCAAUUUGUCCUUUCUUACAAUACUCGACCUCUCUUAUAAUUAUUUCUCUGCUCACAUUCCCCAAGAGCUUGGUAAAUUAGAAAAGUUGCAGUACAUUAAGCUCUAUCAAAACAACUUGCAAGGUUCAAUUCCGGUUAGUCUGUGUGCCUGCACAAAUCUUUUACAACUCCGAUUAAACAAUAAUCUGUUAAGUGGAAACAUUCCAGCAGAGUUGAGUUCCUUGCAUAACUUGAAGAUUCUCGACAUCCCUUUCAAUAAAUUGAGUGGUAUCAUCCCUCAAGGCUUGGCAAAUUGCACUGCACUUAAAAGACUAGAUCUUGGCAAUAAUCUUUUAGCAGGCACCAUCCCCAGGUCAUUAAGUAACUGCACAAAAUUGCGUGUCCUAUCACUGUCCUGGAAUGCGCUUGAAGGACCAAUUCCGUCUGAGAUAUUAACAACAUUGACCAGAUUACGAUAUCUGUAUCUGCGUUCCAACAAACUCAACGGUAGCAUCUCAAUGGAGAUUGGCAAAUAA